GAAGCUCAUUCAUUUCUUCAAAUGAUGCAGUCCCAGCUGCCUAGGAUGAAGCUGAAACAGUUGUCUUUCCCAAUCAUUGGCCGGAGAUUGUCUUAUGGUAUUAACUUGGCAUCAUUGGCUUCAAAGGGUAUAAUUCAUGUGAAAGACAAAGUCUUUUAUAACUUAAACUCUUAUGAGCUUCAACAACAUGGUGCAAAUGCAAUCAUUACAGAGUCCUUGUCAGGAGUUCCUCUUGUUAUUAGAGGAAAUGUCCUUGAAGGGGCUUCAACAAUAUCAAAGACACAAUUUAACAAACUCUUAAAGCAGGUCACAACUCACAUAUCAUCCAUCUCAAAUGUUUUUGUUCAUGAUGGAACCAUUGGUUCAUCACCGAAAUUUGAUGCAAAAGUUCGUGUGAUAAGCGAGAGUCCUACUGCUGCGUUAUCACUUUCUAAUGUUCUUUGGCAGACUUCUUCCCGUGCAGUUUCUCAUGACUCUUGUCCUAUAACAGUUUAUGUUGCUACUUCUAUAGGUGCAGGUGUUGCAGAAAGUAUUGGUCUUGGAACUCAAGGAAGUGAGGAUGGAUUUAUAGUUGGUGAUAUCGAGCAUUCGUUGCUUGUUAUGUGCGGUAAAGCUUUCUCGGAUAAGGAUGGAACUAAAGAAGCAUUGGCUGCCUUGUCUGGACCUAUCAUAAGCGCUCGGGGAGGCCUCCCUUUAUCUGCAAGGCUUCUAAGCCUUGGCAACUCUAUGGUUCUCUUGUUUGCACCUGAAAAUGUUGUUAAGAGCUGUGCAGAUAAGUUAGUGUCUGCAGAUGCUGGUGUAGUUCUUUCUUCUCAAGGCAUUGCAACGUUGUUUCAAAAUGGAAGUUCUUGCGGUUCGAAUCUAUUUAAACCUCCCGUUGCUAACAUUCUUGCAUCUUUCGAUAGUACCGGUAGUAUCCCUUAUGUAUCGAAGCUUUCUCCUGGCCAGGCGGCAUAUCACUUCCUGGCUGGUUAUCAGAACGGGAAGUUCUUACCAGCAUAUUGCAAAGGCCCUACAUCGCUUGACCCUUUAGACCUCGCCAUUGCUCUUCUUUCCAAGUUAAAAGAGAACCGAAUCCCUUCAUAUUUAGUUAAUGUUGGUAUCGAAGAAAAGAGCUUAACUGGGAAAGAUUUCAUCAAGUUAGUGGAAUCAUGUCUAUCCAAGAACAUCCCAAUCCCACCACUACAAACCAAAGCAAGUGAUCUUCUUCAACAAAAGUACAAAAAGUUUCUAUCAGACAAAUUUCAACAACUACCAGAUGAACUAUCAUCAUUCUAAGCACAAUGCAGCCUCAAGAAGAAAGAAAGGAAAAAUCAUUUGUUGUAUAUUUCUAAUAGCUGAAAUUGCUUCAUAUUUUCAGUUCAAUGAAAGGACAUAUUAUGAUUUUGUUAGUUUGAUGUAGAGUUUUGUUUUUACCAAUGAAAUAUGAGAAUGGGGACUCGUGCUUAAGGACAAGGUGAAACUCGGGUGGCCGGUAAUGUCAGGCCCUAGGAUAAAUGAGUCUUUGUUCGAGAGGGUAGUUUUGAGUAAGAAAAUUAUUAUAUCGAGUAAAACUCUUUGCAUCAGAGGAGCCUAAGGGCUCCAAUAGCUCGUAAUUGGCUUUUCUCGUCUUUAAGUUGACAGUGUCCCAUUGGAGUUGCCUUCAAAUGCUCCAUUACAGCUUUUAAAGAAAAAAGGUUUAAAGGAAGGACCCAACAUUGGCAUUG